CACGUGUGGACGCAGAGAUGGAGGCUUUCGAAAAUUUGGGUCUGUCGUCAUGGCUCAUAGAACAGUGCAGACAGGUGGGAAUCUGUAGGCCAAAUGCGGUCCAGGAGAACUGUAUACCGGCCAUUCUGGAAGGUCGAGACUGCAUGGGUUGCGCCAAAACUGGCAGUGGUAAGACUGCUGCUUUUGUGUUGCCUAUACUGCAGAAACUCUCUGAAGAUCCUUUUGGAAUAUUUUGCCUUGUACUCACACCUACCCGAGAAUUGGCUUAUCAGAUUGCAGAACAGUUUCGAAUUCUAGGCAAGCCACUAGGUUUGAAGGACUGCAUCGUUGUUGGAGGAAUGGAUAUGGUUGCCCAAGCCCUGGAGCUGGCCAGAAAGCCACAUGUCGUCAUAGCUACACCGGGUCGCCUGGCUGACCAUAUUCGGAGUUCCAACACAUUCAGCAUUAAGAAGAUUAGAUUCUUGGUUCUAGAUGAAGCAGACCGUCUGCUGGAACAGGGUUGUACAGACUUCACUCAGGACCUGCAAGUCAUUCUUAGCGCUGUUCCAGCUCAGCGACAAACCCUACUGUUCAGUGCCACUUUAACGGACACAUUGCAGGAGUUGAAGUCCAUUGCCAUGAACAAGCCCUUCUUCUGGGAAUCCACUUCAGAGUAA